AGGAGGGAGAAGCAGCGGACAACCGGCCGCAGCAGCCCCCGCGCUUUGCCCGCGCCGCACGCCGCGAUCCCUCAGCGGCGCGGGCCGAGGACGAGCCGUGAGGGGAGAAGCAGCCCGGAGGUGGCCGCCGCCGGCAGCGAGGCUCCCCCGGCCCGCGGGGCUAUCGCCGCCUGCGCCCCGCUGUCCGGGGGGCCCGGAGCGGGACUUCUUGAAGCCAACUCUAACAAAGAGGAGGAGCUGUGUUUCUGCCAGCCAGCCCCAGUCUCCAGUGCUGGUCCCCCUGAUGGCACUUUGUACAACCCUGUGAAACCUGCCAAGCUGGACGCCACAGCUUUGCACGACUGCACUUUGGCCGCCACUGUGCCUCCCUCAGAGCUGUCGAGCCAUGCAGUCCUAGCCUGUGAGACAGGCAUUCAUGAAGAGCACUAUGUGAGUGAAGCAGUGGAAGAUGAUGUGCCAGACUACAGAGAGUACAGAGAUGCCUGCACCAUUACAGAUGUGUGCAACAGUACCAAUCUUCCUGAAGUUGAAAUCAUCAGUCUGCUGGAGGAGCAGCUGCCUCAUUAUAAGCUAAGAGCAGAUACAAUCUAUGGUUAUGACCACGACGACUGGCUUCACACACCUCUCAUUUCGCCCGAUGCCAAUAUUGACUUAACAACUGAGCAGAUAGAAGAGACCUUGAAAUACUUUCUUUUAUGUGCUGAAAGAGUGGGCCAGAUGACUAAAACAUACAAUGACAUAGAUGCUGUUACACGUCUUCUGGAAGAGAAAGAACGGGACUUGGAAUUAGCUGCUCGCAUUGGCCAGUCACUGUUGAAGAAGAACAAGUCACUGACAGAGAGAAAUGAGUUCCUGGAGGAGCAGGUAGACCACAUCAGGGAAGAGGUUUCCCAGCUGCGCCAUGAGCUCUCCAUGAAAGAUGAGCUGCUCCAAUUCUACACCAGUGCUGCUGAGGAAAGUGAGCCAGAGUCUGUCUGCUCCACCCCGCUGAAGAGAAAUGAAUCUUCCUCCUCCGUCCAGAACUACUUUCACUUGGAUUCUCUUCAAAAGAAACUCAAGGACCUUGAAGAGGAGAAUGUUGUGCUUAGAUCUGAGGCCUGUCAGCUGAAGACAGAAACAAUUACGUAUGAAGAGAAGGAACAACAGCUUGUCAAUGACUGUGUCAAAGAGCUAAGGGAUGCAAACAUCCAGAUUGCCAACAUCUCUGAAGAGUUAGCAAAGAAAACCGAAGAUGCUGCCCGGCAGCAAGAAGAAAUCACCCAUCUGCUCUCUCAGAUAGUUGACCUGCAGAAAAAGGCAAAAGCUUGUGCAGUUGAAAAUGAGGAGCUUGUGCAGCAUUUGGGAGCAGCUAAAGAUGCCCAGAGACAGCUCACAGCUGAGUUACGAGAGCUGGAAGACAAGUACGCAGAGUGCAUGGAAAUGCUUCAUGAGGCUCAAGAAGAGCUGAAGAACCUUAGGAACAAGACAAUGCCCAAUGCCAUAUCACGUCGGUACCACUCUCUUGGUCUCUUCCCUAUGGAUUCGUUGGCAGCAGAGAUAGAAGGGUCAAUGAGGAAAGAGCUGCAUUUAGAUGAACCUGACUCUCCGGACUUCGCCCACCAGAAGCGGGUCUUCGAGACGGUGAGAAGCGUGAACCAGGUCGUCAAGCAGCGAUCCAUGACUCCGUCACCGAUGAAUAUCCCAGGCUCCAACCAGUCCUCGGCUAUGAACUCGGUCAUUUCCAGCUGUGUCAGCACUCCACGCUCCAGUUUCUAUGGAGGAGACCUCUCUAACAUUGUGAUAGACAACAAGACCAACAGCAUCAUCCUAGAGACAGAGUCCACUGACAAUGGAAAUGAAGACAGGAUGAAGAAGCCUGGAACUCCAGGGACUCCAGGCUCCAGUGACCUAGAGACUGCCCUUCGUAGGCUGUCCCUGCGGCGGGAGAAUUACCUCUCGGAGCGGAAGUUCUUCGAGGAAGAGCAGGAAAGGAAACUGCGGGAGCUGGCAGAAAAGGGUGAACUCCACAGUGGCUCCGUUACCCCCACAGAGAGCAUCAUGUCGCUGGGAACUCACUCCAGGUUUUCAGAAUUCACUGGAUAUUCAGGAAUGUCUAUCAGCAGUCGCUCCUACCUGCCAGAAAAGCUUCAGAUUGUGAAACCACUAGAAGGUUCUGCCACUUUGCACCACUGGCAGCAGCUGGCUCAGCCUCACCUGGGUGGAAUCCUGGACCCGAGGCCCGGGGUUGUCACGAAGGGCUUCAGGACCCUGGACCUGGACCUGGAUGAAGUGUACUGCCUUAAUGACUUUGAGGAAGAUGAGACAGGUGACAUUUCUUACAAGGGCCUAACUACCUCGACGCCAGUUCAGCACACAGAGACCUCAGGUGAGAGGUCACAAGCACAAGUGACUGUUUCAGACAACAAGAAUAACCCCCGCCCAUCUCAGGCUUUCACAGAGGAGAUGCAGGAGCCCGCGACUGACGAUGAUGAGGGGUCUGUACCUCAUCCUGGGAAGUGCAUGUCACAAACCAACUCCACCUUCACCUUCACCACCUGCCGCAUUCUGCACCCUUCCGAUGAGCUCACACGAGUCACACCAAGCCUUAACGCAGCACCUACUCCAGCUUGUGGCAGCAUUAGCAACCUGAAGGGCACCCCGGUGGGCACUCCCUGUACUCCUCGGCGUCUGAGCUUGGCUGAAUCCUUCACUAACCUCCGGGAAUCCACCACCACGAUGAGCACGUCCCUGGGCCUGGUGUGGCUGCUGAAGGAAAGGGGCAUCUCAGCAGCAGUGUACAACCCACAGAGCUGGGACAGAGCUGGCAGAGGCACUCUCCUGAGCACCUACCCCCCGAAGAUGGCCAUCAUUCCUUCCACGCCACCCAACUCCCCUAUGCAGACGCCUUCUUCAUCCCCUCCAUCCUUUGAGUUCAAGUGCACCAGCCCACCUUAUGACAACUUCUUGGCUUCAAAGCCUGCUAGCUCGAUCUUGAAGGAGGUAAGGAAUAAAAAGAACAUCAGGAACAGUGAGAGUCAGACUGAUGUCUCCGUUUCCAACCUCAACCUUGUGGACAAAGUCAAGAGGUUUGGUAUCGCCAAAGUUGUGAGUUCAGGGCAGACGUCAGCUCCUCCUUUAACUGAUGACCAAGGACCUCUUCUCUGUGGGGCACAAGGACCGGUGAGGGCCCUUGUUCCUGGAGGCCUGGCACCAGACGGUCUCCCAUUGGGCUGCCCUGCCGUGACCAGUGCCAUUGGGGGUAUCCAGCUGAACACUGGCAUCCGAAGGAAUCGCAGCUUCCCCACCAUGGUGGGUUCCAGUAUGCAGAUGAAGGGCCCCACGUCUCUCCCUUCGGGGAUCCUCAUGGGAACCAAGCUCCCGAAGCAAACUAGCUUACGAUGAAGGACUUGAUUUUUACAGCUAGUCUUUUUAAAUGAGAACACUCCCAGCUUCCUCUGCCUUCCCCUGCCACCCCUCCAUUGCCUCCUGAGUUUGACAAAUCAACUUUGUGCCUAAUGGGAGAAACGUGUAAACUUUGUGUAAACUCUGUAAAUAGGAAGCGGAUCUAUUGUAACUCGUUGGAGUAUUUCACUGUUCAUGGAGUGCAGAAAGGCUCUAGCUUAUGAUGCGUUAAGGUUAACUUGCUAAAACCUUUUCAGAAGAGUUGCUCGGUUUGGCUUGGUUGGUUUGUUUUUUAAGAUGCACUGAAAAAAAACCAACACAACAACCAACAACCACCACACAACAAAACCAACAAAAAAUAACUUGACUAGGAGAAGGUGAAUUCUGUAGCUUAGCCUGACUUGAGUCCAAGGUGCAUGGGAAGCUCUCGAAUGUGUCCUGUGAGCCCUCGUGUUCCAUCACUUGAAGUGUGGGAGCGUUUGCGCCUCGUUCGAUGCUGAGCAAAGCUCUCAGCUUCACUUGUGGUAGCUGUAAUUUUGCUUUUGUGGAUGAGUUCAGCUGAGUUAUUGGAGUGCCUGAAUGGAUGAAACUUGUGUUGGUUUUGGGUUCUGUUUGGUUUGUUUU